CGAAGCCCAAGCACGCAAUACCCAGCUGUCUUGUGUAUGAUGUAUGAAGGGCUUUGAUGAAUAUCAAAUAACAUCAAGGCGAACCUGAUCUGCGAAAUGGCGAAUGGCCCAGUCCAUCAGGAAUACGAUGGGCGGAUGAUACUAUUCAGACGGCUCGAUGAAUAUCGAUGUGAUGUCGUGAUCGGAGACAAAGCCAUGUUCCUGGACGAGGAACUGCACAUUCCUGCAGGGUUCAGAACCCGGGAAAUGAGUAGUUCGUCUGAUGGUCCCCGAUGGCGUCGGAAAUCUUGAUUAACUUCUUGGACAACGAGCUGGGAAAUCUCCAGUGGACAUCUAUAUUGAACACCAAGGGUAUACCAUCAAGCCCUCUCCAUUCGGCUUUCGUCGAGACCUCUCGGGAUUUGGCCUCAGAAACUAUCGAAAUCCCAAAAUCGAGGUUGAGGGUCAAAGCAAAGCUUAGUUCUGACGCCUCGUGAACUAUGCCAUGAGGAUGGGAUGAUGAUCUACGAACGCCAAGAGGAAAAUACAUCCUCCGACCAGUCAGUUGAACAGCGAGUGGUGUGAUCGAAUACUGGCUGAAUUGGUUUUCCGCCACUCAAGUCUAAUGUAAACUGUAAAUUCAAUUGAAUCUGAGGGUUAGGAAUGGGUCUCUGUCAGGGCCCUGAUCGACGCUGACAUUUCCCCAUGGGGCCCACCAGCACGGGCGUGGCCUCGUCGAUUUCGCCAGUAUGCCAAGGAUGUUGCUAUACAUACAGCCACGCUAAUUUAUCCCGUUCGCCCAAAAACCACAGAAAACAGGUCUUUCGUUCCCCGGCUACCGAUCCAGGGGUCUGGCUUUUUGCAGGCUAUCGCGCGGCCGUCAAAAUUAAUGAUGAUCCCUGAAUCUCACCACCUGCAGCCACGGGUCGAAGUAUCUGCACCAGGACGCCAGACGUUUAGACUUUCUUCGGUCGAGAGGAUCCUAGUAUAUCGCAAUAUCUAUUGAUUCUGUUGUGAUUGGCAAUUUCCCGUCUGGAAGGCGCCACAAAUUACAAGAAUGAGGAUGUAGUUUGUUGGAAUGUGUGUAUAAAAGACCCCUCAUCAAGGCUCGGUAGUAUAACCAGCCAAGACCAUACCUGGCCCAUUGUCUUUACUUUGCUCUUUUCAGUCAUCUUUGAACAAUGCGCUUCCAGGGCCUCGCACUUGUUGGGCUUCUGUCAGGCUCUGCACUGGCAGUUCCUAGAGUCAGUAAACGAUCUGAUCCGGCCAAUGGCGGACAGCCUAUCAACCCCGAGAAUGGCCGGGGCGCUCCUUUGCUAGGUGGAACGAACAAGGCAUUGGAUCUCCAGAAUCCAGAUCAACUCCGCACCCCGACCACCGAUAAUGGCUUCGUCCCUAAUGUCAAGUGGAGUUUCUCUCAGUCGCAGACUAGACUGUUCCCUGGUGGUUGGUCUCGCGAACAGGUCAUUCAGGACCUGCCACAAAGCCAUGAUAUCGCUGGUGCUCAGCAGCAUUUGAAGAAGGGAGCUACCCGUGAGCUGCACUGGCACCGAGUGGCUGAAUGGGGCUUUGUGUACAACGGAUCUCUCCUUCUCACCGGCGUUGACGAGAAUGGAGGUUUCACUACUGAGGUGCUCGAGACUGGUGAUAUUUGGUAUUUCCCCAAGGGUGUUGCCCACAAUGUCCAGGGUCUGGAUGACGAGAACGAGUACCUGCUUGCCUUUGAUGACGGUGACUUUGAGAAGAUCGGAACGACCUUCAUGGUCGAUGACUGGAUUGCCCAUACUCCUAAAGAGGUCCUAGCCAAGAACUUUGGUGUUAAUGCCUCUGUCUUUGACAACGUUCCCGCCAAGUUCCCAUACAUCCUGAAUGGCACUGUCAGCUCAGAUCUCGCCAAGGCUCCCGAGGGUACUCUGAAGGGCAACAGCUCAUAUGUUUACCAUACAUACAAGCACCCCUCCGAGCCCGUUCCCGGCCACGGCGGAACUUUCCGCAAGAUCGACUCCACCAACUUCCCCAUCUCAAAGACCAUUGCCGCUGCCAUCGUCGAGCUUCAGCCCAAGGGUCUGCGUGAGCUGCACUGGCACCCGAACGCCGAGGAAUGGCUUUACUUCCACCAGGGUAACGCCCGGGCAACUGUUUUCAUCGGAGACUCCAAGGCUCGUACUUUCGAUUUCACUGCCGGAGACACCGCUGUCUUCCCUGACAACAGCGGCCACUACAUUGAAAACACCUCUGAGACCGAGAAGCUCAUUUGGAUUGAGUUGUACAAGAGCGACCGUGUCGCCGAUAUUUCGCUUGCUCAGUGGCUCGCUCUGACACCAGCUGAUACUGUCGCGAACGUCCUGAAGGUUGACAUUGAAGUCAUUCACCAGAUCAAGAAGCAGAAGCAGAUCCUGGUUCCAGGAAAAUAAGCCAGUCAGGGAACGAGGCCUACCUUAGCCCCAGCGCAUCAUCACAUUCGCUGAUCUAUUUAAUUUUCUAAUAUACUCACUUAAUCCAAUUAAUUUUGCUUUCUUGUU